AUGGCUAGAGCUAAGAUUGGCACUUCUAAGUACGAAGCCAAGACAUUGAAAGCAAGUGGACUGCAAAAGCUAAAAUAUUACUGUCAAAUAUGUUCAAAACAAUGUCGAGAUUCAAAUGGAUUUAAAAACCUCCUACAAUCAAAGUCUCAUCUAGGUCGAAUAUCCAACUUGCAAUCGAGUGGAGAAUCUAACAGCAUAGUAUCUUCUUACUCCCAUAAAUUUCAGACUGAUUUUUUGAACCUAUUAUUACUCGUGAACCACGGCACCAAAUCAAUCAAUGCCAAUAGGUUUUAUCAAGAGUAUAUUCGGCAACUAACUCAAACUGAUGAAAGUGGGGAGAAUGGUGAGAUGGAUAGUGAAGGGUUCAACUUAGAGACUGGGCUAAUAGAUUCGCAAGAAAUUCAAAGGUUGAAGAAUAAGGAAGACGAGGAGUAUUUAAGGGCCAAUAAUGAAAUAAAUGACAGGUUGAUACAAAAGCAGAUAAAACGUGAACAAGAAUUGGAGAUAAAAUAG